AUGGAUAUUUUUAAGAGUUCUGAUAUGACCAGAAUUAUAUGUGACAAAUUUGUAGUAAUUAUUGGUGACUCAAGUAAGUGUAUGAUUAUUGAUUUUAGAGUCAAAUAUAUGCUGGUGCUGUACAAAAGUGAUAUCAGUGUAAUGGGUGUAGUCUGUUGAACAUCAGACAAACUUAAAAUGUGUCAUGAAUUUUUUUUUUAAUCACUAAAUUUAACUAUUGAUUAUAUUGAUAGAUGAAUAGCACGUUGUAGCCAAAUUAAUUUAUUCCGCCUGAAAUAAUUAUGUUAAUUUUCAAGUUCAGAGAGCAAUUUAUAAAGACAUGGUGCUACUGCUACAAACAGAAAGAUAUAUGACUGACCGCGAGCUGAGGAGUAAGGUACACUUUAAUUUUGUUCAUUAGUUAAAAAAUUAAUUGACUUAUAGUAUUAAUACUUUUUUAAUUUAGAGUUCUAUGGCAAUAAGUCUAAAAUUUUAACACUGUUUGUUGGGAAUGGAGAGCAGUGGAAUGAAAAUAGUUAAAAUAUAAAUAUUGUCUUAAUUUGAGGAGUAGAUCUUAUGUGUGAUUUAGUGUACCCAUUUAAAUGAUGGAGGAAAGCAUAAAUAGAUGGUUCCCCCUUUAAUGAUUUCUUACUGAAGUCAAGAAUUUCCAAGGAUCACAUUGGGAAUCUUGUCAGAAUUCAGACUUAGGAACGUCAGUCAGUAAUUUUUUUAUUAUAAUGAAAGAAACUCGAUGUGACUCAAGUUAGUUCCGAUUCCCAAAUGUGGAGCCUAAGAGUCUGAUGAAGUUUUUUGGGAACACACUCCUUAGCUCUGAUUAUAAAGGCAAAGAUAUUAUAAAUAUAUGGUUAAUAGUGGUUGACGAAGGGAUUUUAUCCAUCUAGUUUUGGACACCCAGUGCUGUGAAAUAUGACUUUAAAAUGUAAAGCUUGUCAUUAAAGAAGGUAGAUUUGUACUCUUAGCCUAUUGGUUGGUAUCCAUCAAUGAUCAAUACCAUUUCUUGGGAAGUACUAUUCCUUUUCCAUUAGGUGGGCAGAGCUUUUAAUGAAAAGCAUUGCUUAAGUUUCUGAUGUUAUUUUUUAAAUGGUCUGAAGUAAGUUAAAACAAGCAGACAAAACACAGGGAUUGAGCUCAUGGUAAAUAAAUGAAAGGCUCUACACUAAAAAUAAUUUGCUUCCCAAAAGGUAGACCACAUGUUUGUUGUUAGAUUAUUGAAUUAUCAACAAGCAGAUCAUUUUGUGUCUCUCAACAAAAUACACUUUACAAUAUAAUUUAAAAUUCAAUUAUUGAAGUGGGUUUAAAAUAUUCCAAUUCCUUUAGACAUUUUGUUUCCAUAACAUAAAAAAAUCGGUAUCUGUUGUUUAUUUUCUUUUCAACAAACGAUCGAGCAACUGGGAAGUCUUGACUAAUUAAAGUUAAAUUUUGGUAGAAAAUAAAAUGCAUCAAAGUGGAAGUUAAAAUAGUGAAUAUUUUUUAUUGUUUGAUUAUCUAGGGAGAAAUUUCCACAAAUGGUGAUGAACUGGUUGAAGGUGGAUGCAGAGGUGAAAUGUCAAAUGGUGUCAGCUAUAGAGAGGUUCGUCAGUAUAGAACAAAUGCACAUCUUGUACGCUUUUACUUUGUGACUCGCUGCUACAACAGCUACAUUGAGAGUAUUCUUAGUGAUCUACAGAAAGAACCUUUCCCAGACCUGGUUAUCAUCAAUUCCUGCCUAUGGGAUAUAACCAGGUAAUGUUUUUACAUUAUUAUAGGUCAGAUUUAAAUAAUUCAAAAUGAAACACAAUUGAUGGAAUGUCAGAUUUUUGCCAGAAGGUUAAAAAAAUAAUCUAAAGAAGGGAAAUAAUUGACUGUGUUGUGAUGCAAAAGUGUUCAUUUACAUUAUUUACAAGCAUUGACUUGGACUGAGUAAUACUGUACAAAAAUAUAACCAAAUUGGUAAAGGUAAUCUUACCCCUUAUCCCCUGUGGCACCAUUCUCCAUUGCAGUUGGAAAACACAGAUUAACUUAAGUGAUUUCAGAAGUGUACUGAAAAAGAAGAUAACUCUUGCAGGGUAAUACUUUUAACCUGGUUCUCUCUCUUUCAUUAGGUAUGGCAGAGAUGCCAUAGAGGAUUACAAGGACAAUUUAGUGAAGUUGUUUUCAAGGUUUUCUGAGACUCUUCGUCCUGAAUGUCUUGUUAUCUGGAAUACAACACUGCCCAUCUCCAGCAGUGCAAGGGGUGGUUUCCUGGUACCAGAAAUUGAAUUUAUGACAACAACUUUGCGUCUUGACAUCCUGGAGGCCAACUUUUAUGCUCAAGGGGUAAGUUUUAAAGUGUGUUUUCGUUUCUAAAUAGAGACCGCUCUCCACCCAAGGGAACAUCAUGUGAAAGAUACAGCUUGGCACCAGUGGCCUCGCAGGAGUUGUGGGAAUGUUUCAUUGCACCGGGGUGCGGGUGAUAUCUUUGCUUGACUGGGCUUUGGCUGGAAUUGAGAUUUGCUCAAUAUAGACCACUCGGCCACCCAGCACGCAUUGUAUCGCGGAUAAAGAAGUCUGACCACAUCACCCCAGUUCUUAGAGAUCUCCAAUGGGUUCCAUUGUGGAUGGACACAAAUUGAAGUCGUAUAGUCAUGAGGGAAAUUGAAAAUGAUAAAAAAUCAUUUAAGAAAAAUUUCAAGACUUCUUUUUAAAAAUAGAUUUUAGAACAUCAGAGUGCUGUUAGCAUGCUAAAUAGCAUGAAUAUAAGCGCUAUAUAAGUAUUCAAUCAAUCAAUCAAAAGUGAAUUAAGCAAAACUAUGUACUAUGUACUAAUAUAUAUUAAGUGUGAAAUAACACUAGAUAUAAAUCAAUGAUAGAAAGGGAAAUUUACACAAUGUUUACCUUUAAAUAUAUAUUUAGUAUGUACUGUACAUGAUUUACAACUGAAACAGAAAAUAGAAAUUUAAAUACAAAUAUUUUUAUUUUGAGAAUUGCUGAUGGAGAUUAAAAAGCGCUGUUAUUAUGAAAUGCUGUUAUGCAAUUAGCGGUUAUUGUGAGGUGCUACUAUAUUAAUAAAUAUGAACUCUCAAUAAUAUUAAUUUUAGAGUGAUCCAUUUUUUGCAUUAAAUAGUUACAGCUAUAAUAAUACAAAUAAUGCUCUAUUUUUAACUCACCCAGGUAGCAACGAAAUAUGGCUUUGAUAUCCUUGAUCUUCAUUUCUACCUGAGACACCAACUUCAUCGACGAGUCAGGGAUGGUAUCCACUGGGACAUGAUAGCUCAUCGACAGAUCACCAACAUCAUCCUGACACAUGUGUGCGAGUCCUGGAAUAUCCCUAUCCCUAAAAGACCUGUCACCUUUGGGAGCUACGGUUCAAGUCAUGCACGUAAUGGACAUUAUCAGCGUAUGGAGAAGCCGCAAGAACAGACAACCUGUGGCUUGUCUCAGUUCAUGAAUAAUAUCAAUCAGAG